UUAGACAUUGUGUCAGUCAAAAUGUCAAACAAAUCAAAUUGUCAAGUUGCCGCAAGUUCGUGCGACGAUGGUGAAGUAAAAAUAAUUUGAUAAAAUUGUUUUCUAGUGUAUACAUGUUUGUUUCAUAAUUUUCAAGCAAAAAUUUUUAAGCAUGGAUUUAUCAGAAGAGAACAAUUUCGGAAAUGGUUUAUUAUAUGUCGGUUUUAACCAGGAUCAGGGCUGCUUUGCGUGCGGAACGGAGAAUGGAUUUAGAGUGUUUAAUAGUGACCCACUUAAGGAAAAAGAACGCCAAAAUUUCGCUGAGGGAGGAUUAUCUUAUGUAGAAAUGCUUUUUCGAUGUAAUUACAUGGCCCUCGUUGGUGGUGGAAAAACCCCAGUAUAUCCACCAAAUAGGGUCAUAAUAUGGGAUGAUUUAAAAAAGGAUUCCGCUAUUUCACUUGAUUUCAACAGUCAUGUGAAAGCUGUGAAACUUAGAAGAGAUAGAAUUGUGGUUGUUUUGGAAAACCUGAUUAAAGUUUACACAUUUACUGCACAACCGCAGUUACUGAAUGUGUUUGAAACCAGCACAAAUCCGCGCGGACUUUGUGUUGUUUGUCCCAAUAGCAAUAAUGCAUUAUUAGCAUAUCCUAGCAGGAAGACAGGACAUGUGCAGUUGGUGGAACUGAAUAGUCAUGCGAGUACCAGCUCGGCACCAGAGGGUCAUCUGAUAACUGCCCAUGAAGCCCCACUCAGUUGCCUAGCACUGAAUGUUGGUGGAACUAGACUUGCCACAGCAUCAACUAAAGGGACACUUAUAAGGGUGUUUGAUACAGUUACUGGACAAAAACUAGCUGAACUGAGGCGGGGUGCACAUCAGGCAACUAUCUACUGCAUAAACUUCAAUCACACAAGCACCAAUCUUUGUGUUACAUCCGAUCAUGGCACUGUGCAUGUGUUUAGCCUCGAAGAUGAAAAAUUGAACAAGCAGUCAACCUUGGCAACCGUAAAUUUUUUACCAAAGUACUUCUCUAGUAACUGGAGCUUCUGCAAGUUCACUAUUCCAAACGGACCACCUUGCAUCUGUGCGUUUGGUGUUGAUAAAAGUUCCAUUAUUGUUAUCUGUGCUGAUGGUUCUUACUACAAGUAUAAAUUCAACGAAAAAGGAGAAUGCACUAGGGAUGUUUAUGCACAGUUCCUGGAAACAUCUGAAGACAGAUAAAUUAUAAACUUAUUUAGAUUGAUGGUUUAGAGAACUUGUCUAGUAUGUGUUGAUUACUCUGAAUGAAUUGGCACUUUUUGUUAAAGCUCGCUGAACUUCUCACUCAUAUGCAGCAAUUGUUUUGUCAUUUUAAAUUGUUUUUUCUGUAUAAGACAUUAAAUAUUUUAUGUAUUGUAUGUAGAGUGAGAACUUAUGGAGAAAUUUAUUUACUUGCUGCGUUAGAGUUCUAGCUUUAUUUCACUCUUUGUUAGUUUAUUGCAGAAAUAUUGAUAGACGAAAGCCUCUUAAACAGAGGCAUGAGACUAGUGAGAAUCUAUUAAUCUUCAUGAUUGAAAUCAAAUUUUUUAUAAUGAAAUAAAUAUUUCAUUUUGUAAAAAAAAAAUGUAACAAGAAGGAAAAGCAAAAUAUAGUUGUGAAAUAAGUCAUAAGUUUUAAGCGAUCUCUAAAUUUUCAUUUUCUUUAUCAGUAUGACUGAAUUGUAUAUUAUACGCGAGGAUUAAGAUCCUUGUUUGAGUUUAGUUUGUUAUGAUAUUAUGGGUGGUAAAAUGUCAUUAAAGCCAAAUAAAUGGGAUAAACUGACAAAGGAGAUGAAAUGUAUAAAACUGUUAAACAAAAUUAUAUCAGAUGAAGAUAAUAUUUGUAAGAUUAACUGAGAUGAUUUUGUAAGUUUCACUUACCCAAUAGGACAACAGGGACAAAAUCGUCCCAUUUGUUAGUAGCAUAGACAAUAUUUUGAAGUAUUUCUUUUUAGAAUGGUGCACUAUUACUAAAACUAAUAAAUAGCCAAGGUAAAUGUGUAUCUUGUUAUAUUUUAGUAGGUUUUGAGAAAACAGCCUUUGAAAUUUUUGUGGAAUUAAUGUUUUGUUAUUAUUUCAAUCGAUAAAAUGUUGUUGUAGUUCAGAUAUUUCAUGGCAAUCAACUAUAUGUAGGUACCUACUCAUUUACGCCUCACUUACAUACAGCUUAGUGUGAAAGCACUCAUAUCAUAGCAGUCUUUAUAUUUAACUUAUAUUGACCAUAUUAGUUAAUCCAGAGAAAUAAAUGAAAAAUAUUGAAUGGAAGAAAAAAAUAAUACUAAUCUGUUGACGAAAAAGCCAAAGAAUAUAUUAACAAAAAUUUCACUAUAAUCAAACUAUUAUAUAUCAGUAUUCAGUAUUUCAUUAACAAACCGAACAUAUCCUGACUAUAUAAAAAAAAAUCUCGCUCGAGCAACCAAAUUAUCAAAGAGAAUUAUAAAAAAAUAUAUAAUAUAAACAUUGAUCAGCAUGUUUAAUAUUCAAUCAAUAUUAUUGAUCGAUUGAUUAUUUAAAAACUACUAAAUAAUGCACCUUCUACGUUUUCAUUUUAGGCCCUAAAGAUUUUUCUAUGAUUAAAAAUUAUAGCAGUUGUAUGCAAGCAGUUUAUUUAAUGCCAAUAUUUUAAAUAUCACUUUUCUUAAGGAUAUUUUUUUCUUUCGUUAAGCACCAGCAAUAUUGCACUCCAUUACUUGAACCUACUUUUAGAAUUGACAUUGAGUUAUCUAAUGUAGGUAGGUAAUGAUCAUACAUGCUGUUCGGGGUAUGUCAAAAUCCCGGACAUUACAUUUCAGUAUUUACGAUGCCCAUACAUAAC